GAAAAGGUUGGACUGAAAUUAUAUCGGAAGCGUGAAGCAACACCAACCAAAGCUUGCAAAUUUGUCUGAAACAAUAAUCGCAUGUUGGAUUUCCUCACUCUCACACUCCCUACAUGGCUACGCUUUCGCUCACUCUCAACUGUUGCUGUUGCUGGAGCACCGUGAAGUAUGCUCACACCAUAUAUCCUGCUCCCAUCAUCAAUCUCCUUCACAGGAGAAGAUAUAGCACAUGUUCUUUUGCCAAGAAGAGAUUGAAGAAAUCUAAUAGAGAUGUACCAGAAACAUUUGAGGAUCUCUCAGAUGAUAAAUUUGUUCAAAAUGACAACUUGGACACUUCUCUUAAUCCAGCUGCUCAGAAUUCUAACCCCAUGCCUUCUAGGAAUGCUGUGCUUCAAGCUUGCACAAUAACUUCUGCUCUGAUAGCGGCUGUCGGAAUAGUGAUUCGGCAGGUAUCUCAUGUUGCAUCAAUAGAGGGAUUGCCAGUCUUGGACUGCUCUACCGAAGUCUCAUUUGGUUUUGAAACGUGGCAUCUUGAGUUGAUUACAGGACUUGUAGUGUUAAUAUCAUCAUGUCGUUUUUUGCUAUUGAAGACUUGGCCGGAUUUUGCCGAGUCUAGUGAAGCAGCCAAUCAGCAGGUUCUCAGCUCACUCCAGCCUUUGGAUUAUAUUGUCGUUGCAUUUUUUCCUGGAAUUAGUGAGGAACUACUUUUCCGAGGCGCGAUUCUGCCACUUUUUGGAAUGAAUUGGAAGAGUAUUGGGGUGGCUGCCUUGGUCUUUGGUGUUUUGCACCUAGGCAAUGGUCGAAAGUAUUCCUUUGCCAUCUGGGCAACCUUUGUCGGUCUCGCUUAUGGAUAUGCUACAAUUUUAUCCUCUAGCGUUGCAGUUCCCAUGGCUUCUCAUGCAGUGAACAACCUGAUUGGAGGGCUAUUAUGGCGUUACACAUCAAAUACAUCGAAGCAGAAAUGAAAAAUUGUCAUCUUCAUAGAUACGUCACCACCACAUCUAUGUUUUGCAACCUCCUCCCUGGGGUUUGAUGUAAUGUGUACAAACAUUAUGAUGCAGAAAUUCAGAUCACAAGAGGCCAUUCCAUGAGGUUCGUUUGCAAUUUGCAAAUGCAGCAACUAAUUUGGCGGCACUGCUUUCUCCGCCAUUUUCAAGGAAAAAUUCAAGCUUGUAUAUUACUUACAGAUUAUAGAUUUUUUUCUGUUAUAAAUCUAUUGAAAAAUAUGUUUUGGAAUUUACUUACCGUAAAUAGAUAACUGUAAUUUUGUAAUGUAAGUGGGGUUGCUUGGGUUGGUUAUUACCU